AUGGCGGCUCUUACAAGCAAUCUCGUACAGCAGCCGCUACAUUUUUCUCGACAAACCAUGGAAAGCACCGAUGGUUCAGUAUCAAUGGACUCUAGUGAUAAUUUUGACAGGGAUUCUGUUAACAUAGACAAUGGUAGUUGCUGUAGUGACGAUACAGUGCUCUCCGUUGGCAACGAGAACCCCAAUCAAGACUGUAAUAGCGAACCUUUAACAUUUAAAAAUAUCGAAAAUCAUUUGAACGCCAUAUCUCAAAUUUCUACUAGUGUAAGUUCAGAAUCUAGUCCAAAAAUUAGUACAAAUACAAAAACAUUUAGUAAAAUCACGGAACAUGUAAAUAUUAAUCCAAAUCGUUUAUAUAACCAACAUAACCUCAAAGAAGUUUCUGAUAACGACGACAAUCCCCGUAUAAAAUUUUCAAUAGACAAUAUUUUAAAAGCGGACUUUGGUAGAAGGAUAACAGAUCCUCUACAUAUAAAAAAGAUAGUUCCUAAGAGGGUAGUUCCUGAACCUGCGGAAGAGACCAAAGUGUCCGGUCCUGUGGACCUCAGUAAAACCGAUGAAAAGGAGAAGAAAGAUGAGAAGCAACCUAUUUUGUGGCCUGCGUGGGUUUACUGCACCCGAUACAGUGAUCGCCCUAGUUCAGGAAGAAGUCCUAGAACAAGAAGACCAAAGAAACCAGGCGGAAAGGCUGUUCCAACCAACACGACUCCCGAAGAAAAACGUCCCCGAACUGCUUUUUCUGGGGCGCAGUUGGCAAGACUGAAGCACGAAUUUGCAGAGAAUCGUUACCUGACAGAGAAGCGAAGACAGCAACUUAGCGCGGAGCUAGGUUUAAAUGAAGCUCAAAUAAAAAUAUGGUUCCAAAAUAAACGAGCCAAAAUUAAGAAGGCCUCAGGCCAGAAGAAUCCCUUGGCGCUUCAAUUGAUGGCCCAAGGGUUGUACAACCAUUCAACGAUACCUUUAACAAAAGAAGAGGAGGAGCUGCAGGAAAUGCAUGAUAAAAGUUCGUAG